AAGUAACCCAUAGUAACUUGUCACGUGUCGUUUCAUGUUCCACGUUACGUUUUUUUAAAUAACUACCUGCUUAGCAUGUUCUUAUCACACUAAUAGAAAAGUAACCUAUAGUAACCUGUCACGUGUUCGUCUCAUGUUCCACGUCCUUUGGUAUUGUGUUGACAUUUUUGAAAAAUGGCUUGGCGAUUUGCACUGUUGAAGGCGAGCAAGGAUCCUAAUAAGAUCAUUUACUCGGACGAAAUGAUGUCUGUUAUUGUCGAUCCUUACGCCAAGUCUGAAAAACAUUUCCUCGUUGUCGCCAAAAAAGAUAUUUCGAGCAUUUCCAGUGCAAAGAAAGAGGAUCUAGAAAUCCUAAAAGCCAUGGAUGCCAAGGGAAGAGAAAUCGCCAAAGCAAAAGGAGAAGGGAAACAAUUCAAAUUUGGUUACCACGCCGAACCGUCAAUGGAAAGACUUCACCUUCAUGUAAUCAGCGAUGAUUUCAAUUCGCCCGCUUUGAAAAACUUAAAACACUGGAAUUCUUUCAAUACUAGCUUUUUCAUCGAUUCGGAAAAAGCAAUAAAAGAUUUAGAAAAGGAGGGCAAGGUAAUUCUUCCGAGCAAAGAUGAGAUUAACGAAUAUUUAAAGACAAAGCUAAAAUGCCACAAGUGUGAAUUUGUGCCUAAAAAUAUGCCUAAGUUGAAAACCCAUUUGCUUACACAUCUUUGAAAAAUAACAUGUUCCUAUUACUUUUAUUAAAAAUCAUGGUAUUAAGCUUUUUUUAUUAUAAAU